GAUGAGAGCAAUUGCGUUUGUUGCGAAAGGCAAACAACAUGGCUGACGUGAAAAAGGAACUCGCCGCUUUGAGCUCUGGUGGUGGCUCUCACAAAGAUUUAACAGAAAAGUACAGAGCAAUAUUUCUGAACAUAUGCAAAUGCCAAGGAUCAAGUCUGGUGGAGAAUUUAAAACUGUUCACAGAGUCUAUGCUCAAUGAAAAUGUAAGUCUUGUGAUUUCGCGCCAAAUCCUCACAGAGUUUUGCAAUCAUCUAACACAGCUGGACGAGGAAGUUGCCAAAGAUGUGUGUCAUUUCUUUCUUGAGAAGAUUCAGCCAAGGGUGAUUUCAUUUGAAGAGCAGGUUGCAGCCUUGAGGCAACAUUUAGCAGGGAUAUAUGAGAGAGAGCAGCGAUGGCGAGAAGCAGCCAGUGUGUUGGUGGGAAUCCCAAUGGAAACUGGACAGAAGCAGUACACAACAGACUAUAAAUUACAAACCUACCUGAAGAUUGCGCAGCUCUACCUAGAGGAUGAUGAUCCAGUGAAUGCAGAGGCUUAUAUUAACAGGGCAUCUUUACUGCAAGCUGAUACUCAGAAUGAGGAGUUACAGGUCUACUAUAAGGCCUGCUAUGCUAGAGUACUUGAUUACAGAAGGAAGUUCAUUGAAGCAGCACAGAGAUAUAAUGAGCUUUCUUAUAGGAGUAUUAUUGCAGAAAAAGAACGGUUGGAGGCUUUGAAAAAUGCUCUGAUUUGCACGAUAUUGGCAUCAGCAGGACAACAGAGGUCAAGAAUGCUAGCCACAUUGUUUAAGGAUGAAAGGUGCCAGCAGUUGCCAAUAUUUGGGAUACUAGAAAAAAUGUAUUUGGAUCGGAUAAUCAGAAGUAGUAACCUACAAGAGUUUGCUGCAUUGCUCCAGUCUCACCAGAAGGCCAUUACUUCUGAUGGUUCCACCAUUCUAGACAGAGCAGUCAUUGAACAUAAUCUCCUCUCAGCAAGUAAACUAUAUAAUAACAUAUCAUUUGAAGAACUUGGAGCAUUGCUGGAAAUACCUCCUACAAAGGCUGAAAGAAUUGCCUCUCAGAUGAUCAGUGAAGGAAGGAUGAAUGGGUACAUUGACCAGAUAGAUUCCAUACUGCAUUUUGAAGAUCGGGAGACACUACCAAUGUGGGACAAGCAGAUUCAGAGUCUGUGUCUUCAGGUGAACAAUAUCAUUGAGAAGAUAGCCCAGCAUGCACCCGAAUGGCUGGCUAAAGCUAAUGAUGAACAAAUGACAUAAUGAAUUAAUGUCAUUGAAAAAACUAGAUUUAAAACAAACGACGGUAGUCUGAAAAUUUGUAUGUGAAACUGUGGAUGUGAUUAUCUGACAUACAUGUAUGACAUGAUAUGUAAGGCAUGGGGUAUACUGUGCCCUUUUUGGGCUUGAACAUUUUAAAUGUUCGAUACCCUUAAGAUAAAAUGAUUUUUUCUUAAGGAUACUGUCAGUGUGUAUAAAUUUUAUACUGUUAGAAAGGAUAUACAUGUCUGUAUGAAGUACUGGGGUAUGUUUUUGUUAUGCAUGCAUGCACCAUUAUACCCACCGUUUUUCAGGGGCAGAAAUUUCCUCACAUAGCUCAAGUGCAUGAUGCACAGUUCUGUUUCCUUUGCUAUUCAUGAGCCACAUGUCAAAAAGAUGAGCCAGUGAAAGAUUGUGUUCAGUGUAAUGUGUACUACUUGAGGAUGGGUUUGUGCAUAGAUAACAGAACACACCCAAGCAUUACAGAUAUGUGUGAAUUGCCUUACCCAUGAUAUCCUUUAAAAAAUU